AUGAUCCACAGGCGCAAGAUCCAUACCAAGUCAAGAACCGGUUGCACUGAAUGCAAGCGUCGCCAUAUCAAGGUAUUUCGCUCUAGAGGUGCUCUAGAUGCUAGGAAUGUGCUGUCUUUGGGACUGACUUUUCCUCAGUGCGACGAGAAUCAACCGACAUGUGUCAACUGCCAAGUGACGCGGCGCGAUUGCUCGUACGAGAGGUUGACGCCGAAAUUACCUCUUUCGGUGAAAAAGUCCCGCUCUGAGCUACGGCCUUCUCCAAAGAAUAAUGAGUCUUCUGCCGACAAUCUCUCGGCAAGUUCACCCACUGAUGAUGGUGCAGAUCAUAGUCCACCAGUCAACAUAUUCCAUCUAGAAUUAUUCAACCACUUCAUUCAGAAUAUUCCUGAAAUUCUGGGCUUUGAACCUACCGCUCUAGGGAUAUCUGGUGAAGAGAUGAUGAAGUACACAUUGACCUCGCCAUUCCUUAUGAAUCAGAUACUGGCUCUCUCUGCGCUUCAUUUGAGUGUUACACGCCCUUCCCAGUACCCUCAUUGCAAAAUCAAUGCUACUCAACUCCAAACCCAUGCCAUUGUAGGUUUCAAUGCCAUUGAAUCUCUUACGGACAAGUGCAUAGAGAAUAUAUUGCCGACCUUCCUAUUCUCUUCGAUACUUGCGCAUCAAACUCUCUGUGAAAGUUUGGUAUUUCAUGCUUACAGCUUUGAAGUCUUUCUUGACACCUUCAGUCAAUCACUACGCUUACAUCGUGGUAUACGUGCUGUUACCCACAGGUCGUGGGACAUACUUCUGGAUUCGCCCCUUGGAUCCUUACUUGAGAUACAAGGCAAGGUAUUAGAGAAAGAUGCCUCCGGGCGCGAAUGCCUUGCCCUAUUUGCUCUUCUAGAGAACGACACGAUUGAUCAAGAUACCAAGAAUACUUACAGCCAAGCGAUUGACGCUUUGCAGAAAGUAUUCGAUGCGGUCUCUGACCGUCCGCUACUGUCAAAUAAGGUUGGCUCGAUUGUUUCCUGGCUGGUCAUGAUACCCGACGGGUAUAUUGACUUAUUGGUGGAACGCCGACCAGAAGCCCUCAUUAUACUUUCUUAUUUCGGUACAAUUCUACACACAUACAAAGAUACUUGGAUGUUUGGGAAUAGCGGGGAAUUCAUUGUCAAGUCCGUUGGCACAUAUCUCGGGGGUCCAUGGGAACAUUGGCUGCAAUGGCCAAACAGAGCUGUCAUGCAGAGUGACUUAUAA